UCAUCACAGAUUGGCUCUGCCUCCCCGCCUGCUGUGAUGUCUCUGUCCAGCAUCCCCGCCGUGAAGGACAAGCCGUUCCACUCCAACCCCCUCAAAGGCAGGCCUGUCCGGGGUUCGGGUUACUACGCUGCCCCGCUGCCCGGAGCCCACCACUACAUGAACAUCUUCAGGAGCUCUCAGCAUCCCCUCCACCCGCUCAAGUCUCUGGGACGGCUAGUCACCGACACCCAGGCAGUCAUGCCGUUCAACUUCACCACCGGAACACCCUCGUUCUUCGGCAACGGCGGCCACCAAGCCACCGCCGUUAACGUUCUUCACGAGCAGAUCUUUAACGUAUCGCACAUCCCCUACUUCAACCGGAUGAUGCCGGGAGUAGGACACACGAUUUACUCCAAGCACGAGGAGCUGGCAGCGGUGGUGACCGAGCACGCCAUCGGCCCGUUAUCUGUAGGCCUAUCAGACUUCAGCAGUCCCGUCUCGAGCAAGAGGUCCUCCGCUCCCUCACCGUCUAAAGAAAGUUUAUUCCACCUCAGGGGAACCGAACUAUCACCGGAGAAAACGCGCACUUAUAGUUUCAGCGAGGACGACCUUUUCAUGGUCCUGUAUGGAUGUUCCCGGAGCCAGGUGCAUAAUUCCGGUCAAGCCAUCUCCGGAGUAGCCCUGCUUGGGAACUCAGUUUGCAACAGCGAACAACUCACCUUGGAAACUGAGGCGCUUGGACUUCCAGAAGGGUUAUCUAUCCACCAGACAAGGUACGGCAGUUUGUCCCACUACGGAGUUUACGCAGAGAAGAGCGCCAUCACAAAGGGAACCCGGUUCGGCCCAUUUCAGGGGAAACUGGUCAAUACCAGCGAGAUCAAAACAUAUGACGACAACACGCUGAUGUGGGAGGUGUUCGAGAAUGGCGGGUUGAGUCACUUUGUCGACGGCCGGGGCUCGUCCGGUAACUGGAUGUCCCUAGUGAAGUGCGCACGCUUCCCAGAAGAGCAGAACCUGAUCGCGGUACAGAGUAAGGGACAGAUCUUCUACGAGGCCUGUAAGGAGGUCCAGCCUGGCCAGGAGCUGCUGGUCUGGUACGGGGACUGCUAUGUUCAGUUCCUGGGGAUUCCUCUCACUCUGAAGGACUCGCUGGAGGAGGGGAAUACCAUGCUUCCAAUUGAAGAUUCUGGAGAGGGUUUUAAGUGUGAUCGGUGUGGCAAAGUGUUCACCUAUCAGUACUACAGAGACAAACAUCUGAAGUACACGCGCUGCGUGGACCAGGGUGACCGGAAGUUCCCGUGCAACCUCUGCAGCAGGUCGUUUGAGAAGAGAGACCGAUUGAGGAUCCAUAUACUACACGUUCACGAGAAACACAGACCACAUAAGUGCUCAGUGUGUGGGAAGAGUUUCUCUCAGUCUUCAAGUCUCAACAAACACAUGCGCGUGCACUCUGGAGAGCGCCCUUACAAGUGUGUGUACUGUAACAAGGCCUUUACUGCCUCCAGCAUCCUGCGCACGCACAUCCGCCAGCACUCCGGAGAGCGGCCUUUCAAGUGUAAACACUGCGGGAAAGCCUUCGCCUCGCACGCGGCUCACGACAGCCACGUCCGGCGCACCCACGCCAAGGAUAAACCCUACCCGUGCGACGUGUGUAGAAGCACCUUUCAAGAAGCGACAGAACUCAAUAACCACAUGAAGAGUCACACAAAAAGACCCCUCUCAGAAACCACUACCAUCUCAAUAAACGGAUCUUUUGAGGAUACAACAACGAUGCUUUCAGUCACCAAGGACUGCAGGACGCAAAGACUGACGGAGGAGAACAUCUCGUACACAGGACUGACGGUUCUGAACCCAGAAUAUCGACCCUGGAACUAA